CCCGUGUGGCCCCCACACACAUCCGUCCUUUUCCUUGGCUUUGGCAGCUGCACAGCUCUGCACACAGCGAGGCUUCUCCCCUUGCCCUGUGUGUGUGUCUGUGCUCUGCCCGGUGGAGAAACCCCCCCUCCAGCAAAGCAAGCGGCGGCUUCAUCUCCACAGACACCCGGCAACUAGAGCGGCACCAUUGCAGCAGACACCAAAGAUGCUGACCAGAAAGAUAAAACUCUGGGAUAUCAAUGCUCACAUCACAUGUCGCUUAUGCAAUGGUUACCUUAUCGAUGCCACAACUGUGACAGAGUGCUUACAUACCUUUUGCAGAAGUUGUUUGGUGAAGUAUUUGGAAGAGAAUAACACGUGUCCAACAUGCAGAAUUGUAAUCCAUCAGAGCCAUCCUCUACAGUAUAUAGGCCACGACCGAACAAUGCAAGAUAUUGUUUACAAACUGGUGCCAGGUCUUCAAGAAGCGGAAAUCCGAAAACAAAGAGAAUUUUAUCACAAGCUUGGAAUGGAAGUGCCUGGUGACAUCAAAGGGGAGACUUGUACAGUUAAACCAAGUGUAGAAGCCGUUAGGAAUGGUGAAACAAAGGCAGAAGAUACUUCAAAUAAAGAAUCAACAGAAGAAAAACAAGAAGAAGACCAUGACUACCACAGGAGUGAUGAGCAGGUCAGUAUAUGCUUAGAAUGCAAUAGCAGUAAGUUGCGAGGACUCAAGCGAAAAUGGAUACGCUGUUCAGCUCAAGCAACAGUCUUGCAUCUAAAAAAGUUCAUAGCCAAAAAGCUCAAUUUGUCAUCAUUCAAUGAGUUGGACAUUUUAUGCAAUGAAGAAAUUCUGGGCAAGGAUCACACGCUUAAAUUUGUUGUUGUUACAAGAUGGAGAUUUAAGAAAGCACCACUCCUCCUGCAUUACAGACCGAAAAUGGACUUGCUGUAACAGAACUUAAGUGUCCUCUCUGGACAGAGUUUUUGCAGAGACUAUCACGGUGGGCACCACCAUAGUGCACCACAUUGCUCACAGCGUGACCUGAACCAGUGGACUCAAGCCAGAAGAUUGUAGCGCUCUCACAGGAGAACCUCUUCACUUACACAACAGUUACCAGAGUCCCUGACAGGAGAAUAUUUCUACUUUUUCUACAAGAGAUAAUUUUUCACAACUCAAGGCAGUACCAGCAUGACUUUUACAAAUCUCCAACACUUUUCAUGGAUGUUCAUGUAUUUGCUGCAAACUACAUCCCAGUUGGUUUUUUGAGAUGUGUUAAUCUUCAUAUAUAUAUAAAUAAAUAUAUAUCUAUAUAUCUAAUAGAUAAGAAAAAAAGAUUGACACCAAAUUACCUUAGGUUGCUUUUUAAUUGUGAAAAGGUUUUAUAAAUCAUUUACAAUUAAAGCCCACUUUUCAAGUUUAUUUUGUAGGUUAAAAAUAAACAGUCUGUUUAGGCUUAUAGCCCAGGACCGUACUCUGAGCCAAAAUAUCAACACGUUAAAAGGAAGGAUAGAUGGGAUUCAGAGUUCAUCGAUAGGGAGGACUUCUGGAGAUGAGAUUCUGUUUGGCAAAUGAGCAGAGAUGCCUAGUAUGCAGUGUGCCCAGGGGUUAUACUUUCUUAUGGUUAUGUGCCAUGGUGCUCUUUUGGCCUUUUUGCUGCAAUGGCAACACAACCCAUUUACAUUUAUAUUUUUGUUUUCUUGCAUGGAGGUCAUAAAGGGUGCAGACAAGGUUACUACUAAUCUUUCGGUUGUGAAUUAUAACAGUUUGGUCACAGAAAUAUUUGUUUCAGGCCAUUAUUUCUACAUUCUCUUUUUACCGUAUGAUCACUGUUGGAAGUUUUGCCAUCUUAAUUAUUCUUGGUGCUAAGCUCAUCUUUUACAACUUGUUUUUGCUCGUUAUGGCUGGACAUAUGAGCAUGGUGGAGUAGUGAGAUUUGUGCACAUCUGCUUUUGGUUGCAUCCUAUAUGGGAAUGUAUUCUAGUAAAUUGAUACUCUCCCUGGGAUCCCAGAGCAAAAAAGGGUUGAUCUGGAUUCUUGAGAAAUGGCAAACACUCCUAAGGGCUCAAGGUACAGCAUAAACCUUUGAGAAUAUCUGGCCCAAAAAUCGAUACUGAUUUAUUCCGUCAGUGGCUUUCUCUCUUUUUGUGUGGCUGAAAUGGAUCUUUAUUUUAGGUCAAUGAAAGAUCCUUUAUUUGACCAUUCCUCAAAUGACUGCAAAGCACCACUUCUGUUAUAAUGCAGAUUUUAGUUUUUUGUAUUACUGUAAAAAUGGUCAUUAAGGCAGUUUGGUUCUUUCAGGAACAUUUCUAACAACUUUGGGACGUUGCCCAAUAGAAGUUUUCCAUUCUUCUAGAAGAUUCUUUUCUUCUAUAUCGUUGGUUGAUCUUUAUUAGCAAAGGUCAUCACAAACAACACUUGCCUCUGAGUGGAUGGAAAACCAGUCCACAUGUGGCCAAAAUUUGAACUCGUAUAUGGAAAACGGUUGUGUGCACACGCCUUAAAUUGGUCACUUUGUUCUGAAUAGUGUAAACCUAAGAUGCAUUAAUUGUGCACACUAAAAUUCCAGGUCUCUACUGCAGUAAAAAAAAAAGGUUAAGUUGGACCAUGAAAGGAAAGAAGAUGAACUGAGAUGAUAUUAUCCUUGAUCAGCUAAUCGAUCACUUGAAUAUGAUAUGGUGCUACACUAAUCUGUUUGCUGCUGACAGUAAACACUCUAUUCUGUUCAGCUUCAGGCUAGCUUAUGGUGUCUAUCCCUAUUUAUCUUGACUACAUAAGAGUAUUGUGUUAACAAAUAGGCAUGAUCUAUCUAUACACUGUACAACUCUGCCUUUGACAGUGUGUUAACAACCUCGGCAAAAAAGCCUUUUUUUUUUUUAUCAUGACAGUUUCCAUGCAAUUUAGUCUUUUCCCUUAUAUGUGGGGAGCAAGAACAAUAAACGUGUUGCACUGCUAAGGCUAACGUUCUACAGAUAGAAUACAUGAAGGAGGUAUAAAGGAGUAAAGGAAGCCUCUGUGAGGUACAAUGUAGAGUUGCGCCUGGAGCUUAAAAUUUAAAUGUUACAUUUUGAGAAUGGGCAAGGAAGCACUUUUUUAUUUUGUCGGAUUUGAUGUGACACAUCUGUGCUGUUCUCAUGAGCCACACUCGGUCUAUUGUGUCUGCAGCAUAUUUUGAAGGUGGAGACUUUUGUGUUUUCAGUGAACAGGGUUGGAAGAACUUUUUUCACUGUGUAAUGUCUGCAAAAAGAAUAAUUAUAUGUCUUUGUUGUAUCCUGCAACAGCAAGACCAGAGAUAGCCAGGUUUUGUUUAAUAUAGUUCUUAUUGAAAUAGAAAAACUCUGACAGAAUAUAUGAUAAAUUUAACAUGGAUCAGUGGGGGUUUAAAAGAAAAUAACUUUAUAAAAUUAUUUAUUCUAUUUUAAGCUUUCUAUAUUAUUUUACCAUUUGAAAAUGUUUAAGUGACCAGCUUUAUUUACGGGCAUAUAAAUUUGUAAAGUGUUUAACAAGCUUCAUUAUUUUUUACUUAAUGGAGAGCCCCACCCAAAACUGUUUAAUUUGUUUAAGAUGAAGGAUGAUUAAGGCACUGAUGUUGAAAAUGUUGCUGGCAUACACUGCACUUUGAUAAAACCUGAAAUAAGAAUAACCUGAAGGCUGCCAAAACUCUCCUUCUGAAAAUGCUUAUUGCCUGACUUUUAAAGUGACCCACUUUCGUCAGUAUGCAUAUAAGAAGUUAAAGUGAUUGUAAAGUCAUAUUUAUUUUUUUU